GGGCGGUCAUACAGCACGGAAGGGGCGGGACUUUCUGGAGGCGGCAAAUCGUGAGGAAUGGCUACCGCCUUCAUGCUUCCCGCCCGCUGCUCGCGCCGGCUCGUGGCCGAGCUGCAGGAUGCCUUGGAAGCCUGCGCCGAGCGACAGCGGCAGCUGGAACGAAGCCUGCGCGUCUCCCGGCGGCUGCUGCGGGCCUGGGAACCAGCUGAGAUUCCGGCUCCGGAGCCAACCCCAGGACCAGAAACUAAUAAAGAGACUCCAUCUCCAGCUUGCACACCCAGCCCCCAAGACCUCAUGGAGCUGGAGUUUCUGACUCAGGCACUGGAGAAGGCUGUACGGGUGCGAAAAGGCAUCUCCAAGGCUGGAGAAAAAGACAAGGCUCCUAGCCUGAAGUCUGGGUCCAUUGCCACUUCUGCCAACACAGCCUCUGCUGCACCCUGGGCCUCAAAAUCAAAACCUCCCAAGGGCACCCGCCAGACCACGGUGCAUGCCAAGGGCCUCCCUGAUCGUAGGCUUCUGGCAGUGGGGGAUCAUUCCUGUUUGGGGCGAGGGGCCCAAGCUGCCAAGACUGGACCAGGCCCCAGGGAACAACAAACAUUUCCAUCAGUGGCUCCUCAGGCCCCAGAAGCUUUCACACUCAGGGAGAAGGGGACCCUGCUGCGGCUGCCCAUGGCCUUCAGGAAGGCGGCUUCCCAGAACUCCCGCCUGUGGGCCCAGCUCAGCACUGCACAGACCAGCGACUCCAUGGAUGCUGCUAUGACCUCCAAAACUCAGUUCCUCCAGAAAAUGCAGACAAGGUCAGGCUGGCCCUGCUCCGGGCUCAGUGCUCCAGAGAUGGAGGCAGAGGUGGGGAGCCUAUGGAAGGCUUGCUCGUUGCUGAGACUGCGAAUGGGGCAAGAGCUUGCAGCAGACUUCACAGACUGGAUGCAGGAGUACCGCUGUCUGCUCACCCUGGAGGGGCUUCAGGCCAUUGUGGGGCAGUGUCUCCACAGGCUGCAGGAGCUUCAGACAGUGGUAGUGGAACAACAGCAGGGGCUGUGGCCUGAGGAAAGACUCCCCAGGACCUCAUUGCCCUGUGGAGGAGGAACAGUCCCCACCCGGAACCCACAGCUGCUGCUCUACUCCAGCACCCACGAGCUGCAGACCCUGGCGGCCCUCAAGCUGCGAGUAGCCAUGCUGGACCAGCAGAUCCACCUGGAAAAGGUCCUGAUGACCGAACUCCUCCCACUCGUGACCACGCAGGAGCAGCUGGGGCUGCCCCAGCUGGCACUGUGCAGGGCUGUGCACAGCCUGCUCUGCGAGGGAGGGGAACGCUUCCUCACUGUCCUGCGAGAUGAACCUGCUGAUUGAGCCCUUCCUGCUGCCAGCCCCUCUUCCCCACCCCACUUGCAGACCUCAAAACCCUGGGGAGAGGGCAAGCUGGUUCUGAUGCUGAGGCUGUUUGGGAGAGCACCCCUUCUCUGGUCAAAGUUAAGUGAACAGGGAUUGUGUGGUGGACCUGAGCCAGAAUACCUAUACCCCUUGGGAAGCUAGAUUUCCAAGAUGGGGCAGGGAUAGCCCCUGGCUGUUCAACUACAGCCCUUCUCACAGCUGCUAAACCUGGUCAAGGCUUGGCUCGGCCUACCACAGGUUAGAGGAGACCUGAGGCCUCUUGGGGGGCGGGGGGGUUUUCCUUAGCUACCUCUGUUUUCUUUCACUUCAGACUUAAAAGUUACUUGUGUGGCAUGUGGCAUUAAAACUAUUUUAGAAAGUA